AUGGAAGUUUGGCUACGUUCAAAACAUCGACAAUGGCUACCCUUAUUAGCUUACAUCUGCCAUGUGGUUCGCGCUUUCGAGGGAGUUCCGAUACAUCAUGGUUUCCAGCAGGACGCUAAGAUCUCACCCAAUCUUUGGACCACUCCUAACUACGUCUCGAGCGAUGUUGUCCCCGAAGGCUAUUCUAUCGUUCAAACUGCUCAACCUGGUGUUUACCCAUUAAUGACGCGCGAAUCAUGUCCUCUGACUGAUGCUGAGAUGUACAAGCAUGACUACCACCCGAUAACCUUGUAUACUAAUUAUUUAGUUCCAAACCCUCAGCCAAAGCCCUUGCACGAAAAUAUGCUCUGGCUGCAACAUGCUACAAUCCCAUUUGAUCCUGAAUUUUAUGAGGAGAUGAGGCGACACCGAAUGAAGAAAAGGUAUGCAAACCGCGCUGCUGCGAACAUCAGGAAGAUAGCAACUCAAGAAACGGCGUCUGCAAACUCGAAGGCACUUUCCGACCCGGUGGUUUCUGGCGGAGAAUACACCAAAAUUUCGGGGCAGCCACAGGUCACAAAGCUUCCCGUGCCACGCACUAGUGUUACAAACUCAGUCAUACCUCCACCAAAUUUUGCUGUAGAUGGCGAGAAACCUAUGGAUAUUCCUGUUAAGGCCUUGAACCCGCUGGCGAAGAGUUUUCAUCCAGAUGAGCCAAAAAAUCAAGUCAGGCCCUAUAUAGGAUUUUCGAAACCAAGUGAUACGCAAGAAAAAGUUGAUCGAGUUGUGACCAGACCUAGGAAGGAGCUCGCCAACAUUGAACCCGGACCAAUGUCUAAUUCGAUCUCGGGUGAUGCGACAAUCUUUGCGAAAGAGAAAGACAAAAAUGAAAGCACUUCCAAAGAGCUUGACCCCAAAGAUGCUUCCACCGAUCAGAAGACCGAACCGAGCAGGGCGGAUCUUCCUCCAUACGAUACUGAACUCUCAGGACCCAAUUCGGUUGAGUUGAAGAUGCCUUUGGACGAUCCCACAUUUGGGAAAGAUACCAAGUUAAAAAGUGAGAAGCUUUCCAGUCCGGAGAUCGAAACUGUUGCGCCUGCGAACGAAGCCACUGCUUCCAACGCAAAAGCAGAAACUCAAAAGAUAUUGGCACCGACUCCCAGCAAUAUGAAGGUUGCUCAGGACAAUCAGGAUGUGGCCUCUUCCUCUGCUGAUACGCCAUCGGAUGAAGAUAGAAGCUUGAAAAAUCCACCCCAUGAAUCAGGGCAUAGUUCCACGAUGACGGUGCCAAAUAAAUCAGAUCUGACAGAUAAACCGGAUCUGGUGCAGGAAAACGUUAACACUCCACGGAUAGAAGUCAAGGACCACUUUGAUGCCAUGGAUCAAUCAGAAUUUCCAAAGCUUUACUCACCGCCAAGGCUUGAAACUAACACCUCAAAGAAUCAAAAGACUGUUAUUACUCCUGAAGAAAAUUACAAAACUGCUCUUUUGAAAAAGGAAAACGUCCUAGUUUCCAAGGUGAAGAAUACGAGAGCUGAAAAACAGAAGACGAAGAUAUAUCCCGGUCCACAUAAUCGUCAGCUGAAUGAUCAAACUCUCAAGCCUAACCCAGUUUUGGCUAAUGCUUGGGCAAAUGCAAAACAUUUGACGCACGAAAGGCACUCCACUGUUAUAAAAAGUGUUCAGAAAUCGUACAAAGAACCCGAAGCCUCCCCACCACUGAAAAUUUUGGAUUCUUUUCGUGCAAUAGGUGCAAGUGAUGCUAAGGACCAACCCGCGAUUGCUUCAAGUUCUGGUGAAAUUAGAAAUGGACGUGAUCCCGAAGAGGCCAUCUGGAGAACACAUCGAAAGAUUGUUAAAGCAGAUCUUGAUCCAAAAGACACGAAAAACGUGGUAGUUCAGGGAUUGAAAGAGGCAUACCAGGAAGCCUCGGAUAAUCAAGCUGACGUGAAUCCAGUCACGGUCAAUGAAGUGAACUCAAUGGACUCUCAGACCUCGAAUCCAGAACACCCUGUCCCCUCUUCGACUGGAAAAAAAUACAUCCAACCUGAAGAAACAAAUGGGCCAGAUCUUGGGUCAAAUGAAACGCGCGAUGAAAUAAUCAGCGAAUCUGGGCCAUCGAAACUGGAAGGAUUAAACGAUUCUGAAAAAUUGUCUGAUGCAAAAUCAUCUAGGAGAAGGAAAAGGAAGAAGAAAAAAAACUCAAGUCCCAAGGAAAUUGUAGAUGCCGAUUGGGAAUUUUUCAAAACUCUUGAAAAUGAGCAGAACGCCCAAACAUCUACUGAACAUCAGCUGCGAGACGCGGAAGGUAAACCGAAGGAUGUAGAGGAACACCAAGGCGAAGGAAUACACCCAGAAGAUGAAUAUCAGUGGAAUUUCCGGGACCUGAAAGUAUCAUCUGAUGAUCCGGGAAUCAAAGCGCUCACGGAAAUAUUCAUAAAUGGACCUGUAUUCCGCGAGCUCAAUACGGCCUUCAUACCUUUCCCUCAAAUCAGAGAUGAUUAUAUUUAUCCUGGAUUACCAAGACCAAAGACCGUGUGUACACCGGGUAAACAAAGCACGAUUCCACCUCUUGAAACACGUCUUAAAGAAUGGAAAGUGCAACACGUAAACAAAUGGAAGCAGUUGGGCUUAGAUUUGGAAUUGAUGGACUGUGUAUUGAGAUAUUUGCAAAUUAAAGUGGCCACUCCUCAUCUACCUUUGGAUGAUUUGGAUGAUCAUACAUAUGAAAAGCUCAGAAGCGUAUGGCACGGUGGGCCUGCUAGUAUGAUGAAGUUCAUGGAUUUGCAACUCUGGAUGAAUGGCAUGAUGAAACCGGACGAAUUUCACAGAAGGGUCAAGACUUUAGCCCAGCAGAUCGCUGAGCGGACGCUUGUUGAGAAUUGGAAAGCGAUCAAGGCCUACGUACUGAAGAACAAAGAACUGACGCCGGCAGAAGUCAAAGCGAUUGAGAAGUUCUACAGCCUUUCGGUUCAAUUUCCGAACCCAUUCAAAGAUCCGCCCACAAAGGAAUUACGCGUGCCGAAAGGUAAAGAAUAUACUCUUAGAGUCAUCCAGCAAGCCUUAGGAAUCGAUAGCAGUAUAUUCAGACCAGAGUCGAUCACACUCGACCAUCUUCCAGAAGGCAACAGAGUCUCAAAUUCUAAGGACGAGCUUCAGUUCAGAAUCCGAUAUAAUGGGCUUGGGAUCAAGAAAGUAUUAGGCCUGAUUGAAAUGUUCAAUAUGGAAGAAGGGAUCGGAUAUUCGGUCUAUUUCACAUCACCCCACGACAUCAUAUACUUUGCAGCUGAUGAUUUGACUGAGUGGGAGAUUUCUCCAGAGCAACAAUGGCUCAGAAAACAUUACCCAAAGGAAAAGGUGGAUGAAGUGUCAGAAUUCUUGUUUCGAACAAACAUCAUCAAUAACUUUAGCUCAAGUGUUUAG